CGAUAAUAUCAUCAUGGCGGACAGCACGAAAGUAAACAUUGAAGUAUUUGGAUUAUUGAACGAUAUUAACUUUGUUCGUGCAAAAUGUUGUGCAAAUGACAUCCACAAACAGCAUCCUAAAGUAUUUAAUGAACCUGUUAUAAAGGGCAUGUUAGAGUUUGAAUGGGAUUUAUACAUAGAAGCUAAAAAGAAGGAAAUCCGUGGAGAAGCAUGGUCAUUCUCAGAAAAUGCUAUAAUUUUUAUUAAUAAUCAGUUAAUUGGUGGUCCCAAUGAUUUUAUUUUUUGGGCUGAAGAAAAUUACCAAUUUCAGGAAUUCCGACCAAUGCCUCUCUAUGAAACUUUAACAGAAGAAGGCUAUAAAACAACAUUAAAUUCCAAAAAUCAUGAAUAUGUUUAUUUUGAUGUUAAUAUUGGAGAUGAACCUGUAGGAAAAAUUGUUAUUGAAUUGUUUACAGAUGUUGUACCAAAAACCUGUAGUAAUUUUAAGUCAUUAUGUAUUGGAGAUAAAGGUACAUGUAUUGAAACAGACAGUAAAUUGAGCUAUGCUGAUACAUUAUUUCACAGAAUAGUACCUAAUGGUUGGAUACAGGGAGGAGAUGUUUACCAUAGUAGAGGAAAUGGUGGGGAAUCAGUUUAUGGUACAGUUUUUGAGGAUGAAAAUUUUGCUGUUCCUUUCUCAAACCGUGGUAUAGUGGGAAUGGCUAAUAAAGGUCGACAUACAAAUGCAUCACAAUUCUUCAUAACAUUACAACCAGCCCCAUGGAUGAACACUAACUAUGUAGCCUUUGGUCAAAUUAUUGAAGGGACAGAAACAUUAAAGAAAAUAGAGGAACAAGAAACUAUGAAUGAACGGCCUGUAAAAGAUGUAAAAAUUACUGAUUGUGGAGUAUCAACAUAUGAGUUCUGAAUAUUAAAAAUACAUUAGAUCAUAUCACACAUUGAUGUAUUUUAUCAGUUAUGUAUUAUCGGUGAUAUUAAUCAUAAAUCGUGAUAUUUAAAUUAUUGAAUAAAUAUUUUAAUCAUA